AUGUCGUGGCAAGCAUAUACUGAUAAUUUAACAGGUACAGGAAAAUUAGAUAAAGCAGCAUUAUAUUCAAAAGCAGGAGAUUCAUUAUGGGCUCAAUCAGGAAAUUUUCAAUUACAACCAAAAGAAAUUCAAGAAAUUGCAAAAGGAUUUGAUGAUGCUUCUGGAUUACAAGCUCAUGGAUUACAUGCUCAAGGUCAAAAAUAUUUUUUAUUAAGAAAUGAUGAUCGUUCAAUUUAUGGUAAACAUGAAGCAGAAGGUUUAAUUUGUGUUCGUACUAAACAAACUAUAUUAAUUGCUCAUUAUCCUAAUGGAGUACAACCUGGAGAAGCCACUACAAUUGUUGAAAAAUUAGCUGAUUAUUUAAUCAGUACUGGUUUUUAA